UUAAUUGCUCAUCCCUUCUUCUUCGAUCUCCCUCCAACUCUCCAAAAUUUCAAAUCCUUUGUUCUUCGCUUACAUAUAACUGUUCAACAUCGCUCUUUCUUUUCUUCUUUCUUGAAAAACUCAUUUCAUCUGAUUGACAUGGGGUGGUACAAAGCCAUGGAUUUUGUACAUGAUUUUCAAAUGAGAUAUCACGAGAAGAUCAAGAAACUGAAUAUGGGUGGCCUAGCCCUUGCCCUUGGCUUGAACUCGGAGACGAAUUUCGUGAUAAUUAGGCUCCCUCAUUCAUGGGUGUUGAAAUUGGUAUCUCGGGCUGUACUGUUCGUGUUAGCUUUGGUUAUUGUUUCUUUCUUCUGCCUCAAUUCGAUAAUCGGAGGUUUUACAGCUAAUUUCCAUGGAGCCAAUUCUAAUUCUGAUCUUGCAGUUGAUACGAUGAACACAGAGCUGUUGCCUUUAUUUUUCCGUGAUUUGGCCAACGAAGGCCUUCUGAAAACGGGUGAUCGAGCUGUUUUCCUCAGCAACGGCAACGAGGAAGCCAUUGAUGAUUCUCAAUUUCUGAGAGAUAAUGAGAUGGAUUUGAUAUCGUAUUCGGAUUCAGAGCGACAAAGCUUGAUCCCUGAUGAGACUUUUGACUUUGCUUUAACCCAUGGCUUCCAUGGGGACUCGAAAUUCAUCGACCGGGCUCUCAAGGUUGGUGGCAUCGCUGCGAUCCAACUCAGUGACAACCCUAUGGUGGCAUUUCAGAAGCCUUCCAACUACAAAAUUGUCUAUCUCCGAAAAUUCGAUUCAACCCUUGUGGCCAUGCGGAAAACAAGCAAUGGUGACACAAAUUCACCAACACAACGGAAACUCUGUGGUCUUGCAUCGGAAGCAAAGAAGGCAGCUCUGAAGAAGCUCGAGGACGUUCUCCUCGAACCACCAAGAGCAGCAUCAGGGAGAUCAAACACAUACCUCAAGAAAACCAGGUACCUACCGGACCUAAUGGGCGACUCUCUCGAAAGCUACCCACGACGAGUCUUCAUCAACGUUGGCUUGCCAGACAAAAACGAUUGGUUCGCAAAGCAUUACCCAACUAGAAAUAAGGAUUUUGAGAUAUACAAGAUUGAAACUGUGACAGAGGAAUCAUCCGGGAGGGAGGUACCACAGAUUGGGAUGUCGGAUUGGCUGGGGAAGACCGUGAAAGAAAAUGAGUACGUCGUGAUGAAGGCAGAGGCUGAAGUGGUGGAGGAGAUGAUGAAGAGCAAAUCUAUAAGACUGGUGGACGAGCUGUUCUUGGAGUGUAAGCAUCAAGGUAUAAAGAAGGGUGGCAGAAGAAACAGGAGAGCAUAUUGGGAGUGCUUAGCUCUUUAUGGGAGGUUGAGGGAUGAGGGUGUUGCUGUGCACCAGUGGUGGGGUUAG